UUUCCACUAAAACUAGUGCUUAAAGCAAGAAGUUGGCAACUAUGCGUGCAUGAAUGGAGAUCAAAUCGAACAUCAAGAAUAAAAUUUAUUUUAACCGUAUUUACGCAUUUAUAUUGAGUGGCAUCCAACAACAUGGAUUAUAUGUUUGCAGAACUAUUAACGCACGAACAGUUGUUAAACAUUUUAAUUGAGCGUCAACUAAACAUACCCAACCUGCGGGAAAUGCCACACGAUGAACUUGUACGUAUCUACAAAUCGUUUGCUCUACCUUUGGCACGCCGGGAAAGUCAUCGCAAAACUAAAAUGCAGCCGGAGUUCAAAGGCUUGGAGGGGAAAACCGGCAAAGAGCCAAUCAACAAAGCCAAUGAAUGUAUUGCCGAUUUGCCUAUGGAUGUAGAUGGAACUGAGUUCAUUCAAAUAUCAAGCGAUAGAUUUAGUAAAACUAAAGCAGGAAGGAGCAUAUCCUGUGAAAAGAGAUCGCAUGAUUACAAGCAUUUAAACCCUCUUACGGACGAAUACUUGAGCAUAGCAACCAAACGCAUCAAAAUUGCCUGGUCUUAGCUGUUCCCCACGAAAAGAGGUAUCGCUUGGACAUGAUGCCAAUGUGAAAGUGUAGCUCCAGAAGUUUCUACUGCUGCUAUGACAAAAGUUUCGUAUUGUUACUGCAAAUGGUUUCCAUAACGGAACAGUUCUCGAAUACUAGUUUGAGAGGUUAAUUGUUAUAAUAGAAAGUGCAAUACGAGUAACGUAGUCAGGUUUGAUGCAGAGAAUGAUUUGUUUGAUAAAUAUAGUGUAAUGCUAUUUACAUAUAUUCGUCAAUCUACUGUAAAGUUUAUUCGACAUGAAUAAAUGCUUCCGAAUAUAUGUUCCCCAUAUCAAUUUUUACUGUAGCAGCCUCAGCAGAAGUCCGACUAAGAUUUAUUGGGAUCUUGGGAGUUUAUCAUACCACAAAAUCCGGAACGUUGUGGAGGCGUUAUGUGGGUUUCACGAGACAACCCCAUCUCUGUUUGCGUUGAGUAAUGGUUGGUCUCCGAUAAGGGUAUUUAUGAAGCGAGAGUGUAACAAGAUGUUAAUUAGUACUUGAUGGGUGUCAUUUAUAUCCUGUUGAUAGGCCGUCCAUUCGUACAUCUCAAUUUUUGGAUACAAAUCCAAGUUUUAAUCCAUAAUUUAUUUAAAGAACUGCAAUUGUCGAUUCGAUGUGACAUAUGUUUUCUUUUUUUUAAUCUGUCUUGCGUAUUUGUGUGAUUGGAUAGAUCUCGACCAAGGAGUGCCGCAAUAACCCUGCUAAAAUCUCUGAACACUAUCUAGUACUUCAUCGCAUCUAGCAGCACCGGUGCUUAGGGAAUAGCAUAACGCUAUUUUUCGUACAUUCCCCCAACCUUCUUAUUUCUGGCUCUUAGCAAAAGUGGCCGCAUUAAUGAAUUCUGGGAAUCCCGCCAACUAAGGAGAGCCGUAUCUCCUGACAUCUACUUAUUCCCUGGAGGUGAAAAUACUGGACUUAACCAAAACUCCCAAGGCUUUGAUACCGUCAGUUACACAACGUACUGGUAGACAUUGAGCACUCCACUCUUUUACAAGGACUGAAGAUCUGACCCAUAAUAUCUCGAUAUGAAACAUCUAAUCAUGGGAGGAUAAAUUAUUGUCUUUCCCAUCCCCACUAUUGUUCGAGGCACCUCCAACCGCCAAAUGGAAUUUCAUUGAUUUCUUACGCUGAACUCAAGAGCGGCAAUGAAAUUAAUGACACUUAUCCAAAGGUAACCCAUUACCUUCCCAAUAUUUAUCACUUCUUACCUGCAUUGGGUCCAGCACCUCCUAUACUAAAUUCACAGCAAUCCUGUUUGUAAUGUUCCCACCACAG